AUGGUCGCGAGCAGAUGGAACAUGAGGAGAGGGUAUAUGCACGCCAAUGAAGACAAGGUGGAUCUUGCUCGUACCAUAAUGAAGCUGGUCCGUCAUAGCAAGCUGGAAUGUCACAGCCCUACACACAACCAGAGAGCGAGCACGUAUAACCUCAAAUUGAAGAAGGACGCUGAUGAUCAGAGCAGUGUGCCUAGCAAAUUCAUGGGAAGUCCCGUGGAUGUGCUGGGCGACAGCGUCCUUUUGUCGCCCAAGUCUCUGUUUAACGCGUGGGCCGAUUCGUUGGAUCGAAGGGCGGAGCUGAGGAAGGAGAAACUCGAGAACGAGCUCAAUGGGUAUAGGACAAAUUUGAUCAAGGAAAGCAUCAGAAUGGGCUACAAUGAUUUCGGAGACUUUUACUACUCCCAUGGUCAUCUUGGCGAUGCUUUUAAGAAUUAUGUCCGGACUCGUGAUUAUUGCACUACUUCUAAACAUAUAACUCAGAUGUGUCUGAAUGUAAUUUUAGUAAGCAUUGAACUGGGCCAGUUCAUGCAUGUUUCAAAUUAUGUUGGUAAAGCAGAGCAAGCACCGGACUCAUUGGAUGCUGUCACUGUUGCUAAACUACGAUGUGCUUCAGGCUUAGCUCAGUUGGAAGCAAAAAAGUAUAAGCUUGCAGCUCGCAAGUUUCUAGAAACCGGUAUUGAACUGGGAAACAAUUAUUCAGAAGUGAUAGCACCUCAAGAUGUUGGUACAUAUGGUGGUCUUUGUGCUCUUGCUUCCUUUGAUCGAACAGAACUAAAGAACAAAGUAAUUGACAACAUCAACUUCCGGAAUUUCUUAGAGUUGGUGCCCGAAGUGAGGGAACUUAUCAAUGACUUCUAUGCAAGCCGUUAUGCUUCAUGCCUGGAAUAUCUCGAGAGCCUCAAACCCAAUCUGCUGCUGGAUAUCCAUUUGUACGAUCACAUCGAGGCACUCUAUGCUCAGAUUCGCCAGAAAGCAAUCAUCCAAUAUACAACUCCGUUCAUUUCUGUUAAGCUUCCCACAAUGGCUGAGGCCUUCAAAACAAGUGUUGCCGAGCUGGAGAAAGAACUUGAAGCUUUGAUUACAAAUAACCAGAUUCAGGCUCGAAUUGAUUCACACAACAAGAUUUUGUAUGCGAGACAUGCUGAUCAAAGGAAUUCAACAUUCCAACGAGCUCUACAGACUGGGAGGGAAUUCGACAGGGAUGUCAGAGGAAUGCUACUUAGAGCCAAUCUCAUCAAACAUGAUUACAAUCAAAGGUCGGCUAGGAAAUUUUGAAAGGGGGGGAGAAAAGUGAAAUAUUAUGAAUUAUCUUCCCUAUUUUUUGGUUUGCUUUUUAGGUUAUGGUUCUCUGUUUACGGAAUUUAUGGUGGAUUUUUACGGUUCAUGUACAUACCGAGUAAAUAUCAUCUAGUUUGGCUCUGGUAUAAUGCUAGAAAGUUGUGGCCUAAUCCGUGCAUUUGGUCGCUAGGAACUAUAUUUCAUUAUUAUAGUGUUA